AGAGGAGGAGUUCACUGGGAAAUCUUAGAUUGCACGAAUCACCAGGCUCGGAAAACUAUCCAGAAAAUGUGGUCAUAGUGAUGGAUGGGAUGGAAGAAUUCACAAUCGAGGCCACAAAAUGGGCUCUUGAGAAUGUUGUUGUUCCUGGACGUUCUGUUCUCACUCUCGUCGGUGUAAUGCCAUGGCUUAACAUUCCACUUUAUUUCAAGACAGCAUGGCUUGAUGUUCUGAAGCCGCCUAAUGUGAACGAGAAAGGAGAGUUGGGAAGUGAUGCCAGAAAUCUAAAACUUCAAGCAGUCGAUGAACUUUGCAGAGCAUAUGGGGUUGUGGCACAAAAAAAGGUUGUAAUGGGUCAUCCCUCACGACUGUUGGCAGUUGAGCAAAUCACGUGCCUUAAUGCGACAUGGGUGGUGUUGGAUAGACAUCAAAGAAAGAACAGUCAAUUUUAUGCUAAAAAAAUCCCAUGCAAUAUGGUGAUUAUGAACGAUGGAGGAGGGGCUGACAUGAUUAGAGGCCUGCCGACGAUUAGUAGCGGAGAGAACACUCCAGUCGAAUCACCAGCAUCAGUAGUACCCACUCCAAAAGUUAUCAUCUCCAUGGAGUUCGACGAAAUUCUCAAGGAACGAGCUCAUGAAUAUCAGGAUAAAAAAUUGAGGGGAAGUUUUCUUGUUGAAGCCAAUGCUUUGAGAGACCAAGCUGGCCGGCAGGAGAUAUGAUCGAUGCAUGCAUGCAUGCGUGCAGAUGGUUUAAAACUAAAAUGCCUGUAGAAUGAGACAAUAAGAGAUCAUUAGAAUGGCUUUGUAAUAAAAAAAUUUACUAUCAUGCAUAUAUGAUAUA